AUGAGACUUUCUAGUUCUCAUUCACACAUCGAAAUCGACCAUAAUAGUUUAGAAAAGGUCUGUUUUCGCAUAACCUCAGUCUUCAGAUCUGAGAACAUAAUCUUUCGCUUUCUUGUUUUAUUGUAUGUCUGGCCGCGGAUUUCCAAGGAGGCGUGGACUCAGAGAGUCGGAGCAUACACGUCGUAUUCUUUUGCUGUGAACAGAGGGAGUUGGUAUGUUGCAUAUUUUCGGAAUGUAUUUCUUGGGGGCAGCAUAGACUAUAUGGUUUUAAGCCUCGUUAAUGUCAUCCGGGUGGAAGAUUUUUCAAUGCUAGAAACCGAGAAACGAGUGUUCUCCGGCCCAGAUGCCAUUGAGAGCAUCGAUUUUAUCUCUUCAGAUAGCCGGCUGAACAUCCAAGGCGCCAAUCGCUCAGAUCCAGGCCAUCUCCAGGAAUCACACGAGACCCAGGCCACUGUCGACAUGGAUCUUGCCAUUUUUUUCUUCGUGAAAGCAACCAUUCUUCUAGUAUCACACGUCCAAGGAAAGUAUGGCAUUUUUGAUUCCACUCCACGUGCCAUACCCAAUAUUCAAGUACCUCUUUAG